AUGGUGAACCCAGUUAACAUUCAUCAAUCUGCAAGCAAGAUGAAUUUUGGAACAGGAUCUUCCUCUACUAAUUCUUCAAAAACCUGGGAUGUAUGUAAUGGUGGUAACGUCUUGUGUUGCAAGGUGGACGGAAAUGAGAAGUUUGCUUUAUUUGGAGGGAAAGGUGUUGAAGUCAAUAUUUGGGAUCUUGCUAAUGAGACUAAGAUCUGGAAUGCCAAAUCUCCUCCUAAAAACAGCCUUGGUAUAUUUACACCUACCUGGUUCACAUCUGUUUCAUUUCUCAGUAAAGAUGACCAUCGAAAAUUUGUUGCUGGAACCAAUAACCAUCAGGUUCGUCUUUAUGACAUAUCUGCUCAGAGGAGGCCUGUUCUCUCUAUUGACUUUCGUGAGACACCAAUUAAAGCACUGGCAGAGGAUAUAGAUGGCAAUACAAUCUUAGGGAAUGGAUCUGGUGACAUGGCUUCUGUUGAUAUACGCACAGGAAAAAUGCUAGGAUGUUUUACUGGAAAAUGCUCUGGAAGCAUCAGGUCCAUUGUCAGGCAUCCUGAGCUACCUGUGGUAGCUUCAUGUGGACUGGAUGGCUAUUUACGACUUUGGGAUACCAAGACAAGACAACUUCUUUCUUCUGUUUUCCUUAAGCAGCAUGUUCUUUUUUACUCCAAUUUCGUUGUUGAAGAUACGCCCAAAGGAGCGGAUUCGCUACCAUAUAAGAAACACAACAAUUCACAUAUUUUACAUUCUUCAAACUUUUAA